CCAGGUAGUAAUUCUCGCACCAUAGGGGACUGCCCCAUUUUAUAAGGAGCCAGCUAGUCUUUGCUCCCCACAGUAUCACCCAGAUAGACGGAAGGAUCAUCACCAUGUACCUUCAACUCAUACUCACGCUCAGCUGCUUCAGCCAUGUCUUCUCAGUACCGGUGUCAACCUCCAGCAACUGCACACCGUCCUGCCAGUGGACACAAUGGUUUAAUGUUGAUCGCCCCACAGACAAAUCAGAUGGUGGAGACUUGGAGACACUGGAAAAUAUCAGAGCUCGUGGAUACAAUAUAUGCCGAGAACCCAAAGAUAUUAACUGCCGUUCUGUCCGAUUCCCUUACCUUCCCUAUACUUAUCUCCUUUACAAAAUUCAGUGUGACCGCAGCACAGGACUAAUUUGUCUGAACAGGGACAAUGUGGACCCAUGCAUAGACUUUGAGGUGCAGCUGCUGUGUUGCACUUGUGAAGAAGAGCCACCCAAGACCACAGUGCUCCCGGCCGUGACCACAAGUAAGUUUUAUACUUACUGGAAUGUUUGCUUGUGUUUUCACUAAAGAACAACUAUCAUGAAAAAAGUCUAUCUAUACAACACAAAUUGUGAAAACUGACAAUAUCAUUCUUAA